AUGAAGCUCCUGCGGCAGGCUCGGCCGCAGCCCGCCCGGAACGCCGCCCCGCUCGCCUGCCUCGCCUGCCUCGUGGCGCAAGCGUGGCUGGUGGUGUGCGCCGUGGCGGCCAGGCCCGGGCCGCAGAGCUGCCCCCCGGUCUGCUCCUGCAGUAGCCAGCUGAGCAAGGUGGUCUGCACGCGGCGGGGGCUGGCCGAGGUGCCGCCGGGCAUCCCCUCCAGCACUCGCUACCUGAACCUGAUGGAGAACAGCAUCAAGGUGAUCCAGGCGGACACCUUCCGCCACCUGCACCACCUGGAGGUGCUCCAGCUGGGGCGCAACGCCAUCCGGCAGAUCGAGGUGGGGGCCUUCAACGGGCUGGCCAGCCUCAACACCCUGGAGCUCUUCGACAACUGGCUGACGGUGGUGCCCAGCGGGGCCUUCGAGUACCUGUCCAAGCUGCGGGAGCUCUGGCUGCGCAACAACCCCAUCGAGAGCAUCUCCUCCUACGCCUUCAACCGCGUCCCGUCCCUCAUGCGCCUGGACCUGGGCGAGCUCAAGAAGCUCAAGUACAUCUCCGAGGGGGCCUUCGAGGGGCUCUACAGCCUGAAGUACCUGAACCUGGGCAUGUGCGCCAUCCGGGAGAUGCCCAACCUCUCCCCUCUGGUGGGGCUGGAGGAGCUGGAGAUGUCCGGCAACACCUUUCCGGCCAUUAAGCCGGGGGCCUUCCACGGACUGAAGUCACUCAAAAAGCUGUGGAUUAUGAGCGCCCAGAUCAGCCUGAUCGAGCGCAACGCCUUUGACGACCUCACGGCGCUGGUGGAGCUCAACCUGGCCCACAACAACCUCACCUCUCUGCCCCAUGACCUCUUCGCGCCUCUGAGAUACCUGGUGGAGCUGCACUUGCACCACAACCCCUGGAACUGCGACUGCGACAUCCUGUGGCUCUCCUGGUGGCUGCGGGAGUACAUCCCCACCAACUCCUCUUGCUGUGGGCGCUGCCACGCCCCCACGCACAUGCGGGGCAGGUUCCUGGUGGAGGUGGACCAGACAGCCUUCCAGUGCUCGGCCCCCUUCAUUAUGGAUGCCCCCCGGGACCUCAACAUCUCCGAGGGGAGGGUGGCCGAGCUCAAGUGCCGAACCCCGACCAUGUCCUCCGUGCGGUGGCUGCUGCCCAACGGGACAGUGCUGAGCCACGCCUCCAACCACCCCCGGAUCUCCGUCCUCAACGACGGCACCCUGAACUUCUCCCAGGUUCUCCUCACGGACACGGGGCUGUACACGUGCAUGGUCACCAACGUGGCAGGGAACUCCAACGCCUCGGCCUACCUCAACGUGAGCACGGCUGAGCUCAACACGUCCAACUACAGCUUCUUCACCACGGUCACUGUGGAGACCACGGAGACGUCGCCCGAGAACAUCUUCCCCAAGUUCACCAAGCCGGUGCCGACCACCUCCACGGGCUACCAGCCGGCCUACACCACCACCACCACCGUGCUCAUCCAAACGACCAAAACGCCCAGGCAGGACGCCACCUUGGACAGCAACGACAAGAUGCAGACCAGCCUGGACGAGGUGAUGAAGACCACCAAGAUCAUCAUCGGCUGCUUCGUGGCGGUGACCCUGCUGGCGGCAGCCAUGUUGAUCGUCUUUUACAAACUUCGCAAGCGUCACCAGCAGAGGAGUACGGUGGGGGCCGCCAGGACCGUGGAAAUCAUACAGGUGGACGAAGACAUUUCGGCCUCGGCGGCGGCAGCAUCCACCACUGCCGCCACCGCCACCCCUUCGACCGCGUCCGGCAUGUCAGGUGAGGGGGCAGUUGCGCUGCCGGCUAUUCAUGACCACUACAACACUUACAAACCCUCCCAGGGGGCCCACUGGACAGAAAACUGUUUGGGGAACUCUCUGCACCCCACGGUCACGACUAUUGCCGAACCGUAUAUAAUACAGACCCACCCCAAGGAGAAAGUGCAGGAAACUCAGAUCUGA